GAGCCCCUCAAUUUCUCAAUUAUCUGAUGUUCCGGAGCGAAAUCUCCAGACUCAACAAGGAAUAAUUGAACUAUGCCUUGGUACAGUACCUGAGUAAGGUGGAGUAUGAUUUUGUCAUAGAACAUGACUUCGAGAGUUCCAACGCCUUUUUAACCCCCCGUUUUCCCCCUCCUCUUUCCUUCCCUCUUCAUACCACAAACAAACAACACACAUAACAUACCAAUUCGCAACGAAUAACCUCACAAAUAACUACUAUACUUCCAAGCCAAACAAACACAUAACCUCACAACCCAUAUCAACAUGCCAGAACAACAAUCCAAAGCCGACAUCAUCGCUGAGCGUCAAGCCAACCUCCCUCUCCCAGAAGAUCCUCCUGUCGCCAGCGACUGGAACUCUGCCGAUGCUACCAAAGUCAACGUCGGAUCAGGAAGAGACGUAACUAGCCAGACCUCAACUGGCAAUGCUCAACAAUCUGGAUUGGAGGGUGCUGCUACUGGAGGAAGCAGUGUUAGAGAAGCCGGUGGUGUUGAUAUGAGCAACAUUGGACGCGAAGGUGUUGAGAAGAAGAACUAAGUGUUGGACCAUUUCGAGAAUGGGUGUAUUAUAUUUUUUAAUCACUGGAAUGAUUGAUGAUGGGUAUGAACGAAAAUAGCAUUGAUAGACGGGAUGGUUGGGAUGAGAUGCUAUAUUAUACGCAUCGUGUAUAAAUAGACAUGAACUGGCCUUGUAAAGGCUGUGAAAUACAAAAAAUUCACCA